AUGGAUUUGAGUAUUGCAGGUAUUGAACGUAAUUUGCAGCUACUGGAGUUGGCGGAAUGGCGUUACCAUGCCUACGAGAACACCCUGCUAAACAAAGAGCGCACCAAGCGUCUCCACGACGCUCGGUUGAGGGGCCCGAAGAAGUUUCAGGUAGGUGAUCGUGUUCUGUUCUUCAAUGCACGCCUGAAACUCUUCUCGGGCAAGCUACGUCGAGGUGGUCGGGACCUUAGUACAGGGGAGCAGAGCUGCUGA